AUGAGCACAAAAAAGGACAAACCUUCCUCUGCAAUUGGGUCCAUUCGCAAACGGCUAACAAAAGGGGAUGAGCCAACGGGGAGCCCAACAGGCACAUCGAGCGAUAUGCCUGAAACACAGUCUCGUCGACUUAAUUGUCUUAUCGCGGGCGAAUCUAUCGUCUUUUUAGUUAGUAUGGGGUGCGAUUACGUGGUUAGCGAGUUGAAGGGGGUUAUACAAAGGGAGCGAGCGCUGGAUACUUUGAAGGAUGUUGGUCCUCACAUUUUGGAAUUGUGGAAGCCAAACGACUUCAAUGCUAUCACCGCUGGUCCAGCCGACACUCUCGCUGCACGUAUCAGGUCCCUGGGAGAUAGCCUUUCGCAAUAUGCCACCAAACUAGAGCCCGCAGACAGCCUCUUCAAAAUCUUUCCAAAUCAACCUCCCAGUGAGCACCUCCACGUAAUCGUGAAGGUCCCUGCUACCGCUGCUGAAUCACCAUUAAAGAAACUGAAACUCGAAGAGGACUACAUCCACGCUUCUUAUGUUCAGCGUGAAAUAAUAGUCUCCGCUCUGUAUGAAAAACUCGAAAAGCAGAGAUGGGUACUUGUCAGAGGCACUCCAGGUAGCGGAAAGUCUGUGUUGGCGGGACUCCUUCGCCGCUAUAUCAAUGAAACAGAACCUGAUACGGAAGUGGUUUUUGUUGCCGCAUGGCCAGAAAAUAUGCCUGUGCAGAUCACCCCGAAUACGAUCCUCAUUCUAGACGAAGCGCAGUCGACGUAUUGGGAUAAAACUUUCUGGACUAGAUUUAAGAAUCCGGGUUUACAGGGUAUGCGGGUUGUUGCUUUUGCCAGCCACGGCAGCUCUGGUUACACCGGGGCCGACAAUUUAUCGCCAAUGUGGAUCGGAAAGGAACAGCACGUGGGCCUUGCUCGUCUUGACUGCGGGGAUGGGAUCCUUGUUGGCCUUCUUUUCACUAGAGAAGAAUUCAACGCGCUCGUACGACUGAAGUUCCACGAUAACCGCUUUUCUGACUCCUUCCUCGAUUGCGUCUUUGAUAUGACGAACGGUCAUGUGGGAGCUUGCGAGGAUUUGAUGAAGUGCGUCGCCGCGCACAAGUCAUAUCGUGAACGGGUGAAAUCUGCCGAAUACACCUACGAAAUGUUUAUCACUGGUGUCUCCAUGGCUGACAUACCCCAGGCCAUCUACAAAGGAACGGUAUUUGGCCGUGGUCUCCCACAGGCGAAUGUUUUACGUGAAAACCUGGAUGUAACAGCUGUAAUGAGUGAAGUCAUUAGAAAAGGAUCCAUUGUCUGCCCGGACAAUUACCUCGCUUCGAACCCCGACAACGACGAUAACCGAAAGGCGGCCCUCCGCAUGAUAUUCCGGUCUGGUUGGUUGCAUACAGAAGCCAGAGCAGAUAUCGAUGGAAUAUUGUACACGUUUGCAUCUCCGCUCCACAGGCGAUGUAUAAACUGGAAGCUCAAUGGAUCGCCAUUGGAGUCUAGGAUCAUCGAGCCGAACCCGUUCGAAUUUUCCCUAGCUGUUAUCCAGAGGUUUUCACAGCGAAGCCUAGAAAAACACGAAAUAGGUCUCCAGGACGAGUUCUACUCCGCAUCCUCUAAGCACGCGAAUGGUUCUGUUUCAUUUCCAGAGUUUGGUACGAAAAACGGAAGGAUUGAUUUCUUCAUCCGGUCGAAAAAAUGGGGCGUUGAACUUCUUCGUGAUGGUAAUCGAUUGGGCCAACACGCAAGACGAUUCACCGAAGGGGAGUAUGGUAAAUGGAUUGAGAAGGGAUGGAUGUCUGACUAUAUCAUUAUUGAUUUUCGUACCCGCCCUCCCAAGAUCGUGCAUCGAGUAAACGUGGAUAAACUUAUCUAUGUCGUAUCCGUUGACGACUGGAACACCAUCGAGGUUCUUGACAACGGAGGAAAAGUCCUUCAUCAAUAUAGUUUACUAAAUAACUCCUAA